AUGACUAGCAGUGGUGAAUACACGAUCCAGAAUAGAGUACUCAAGGAGAUGCACAGGGAACGCAUGGCUCGUAUAGAAUGUCACUCCAAAAAGGUAUUUGUUGAGUAUGGUGAUGGAAACGGUCUGUGGUUGAAAGAACUGAAGGGGAAAGCACUGGGCACGCAACGAUGGGCUAGUGGCGACCGAUUUGCAGCCAUGGUGGCGAGUAGUGGUGGGAGGUACCAGGAGCUCAAAAGCUUCCUUGAGAACUGUGUUAACGGUGUGGAGCUCGGGUGUGGGGUCGGGACUGCUGGUCUUAUGCUUGCCAAAGUUUAUACAAGAAUGAGGAUGACACUGACAGAUCAACCGCAGUGCAUUUCCUUGGCAGAGGAGAAUGUCAGCUUCAACAACCUUGGUGAUCGCGUGACAGUAUCGGCGUAUAGUUGGGGAGAUUCAGUCGAUACAUUCGCUGCUGACCCUCCAGACUUUGUUGUCGCCACUGAUGUUCUUUAUCAUGCAAGUGUCUUCGAUAAGUUUCUGAGCUCUUUGGAAGCCUUUGCAGGGCUCCGACUCAGAGAGGAUCACUGGGUUGAUGAUAUCCCCAACGUGUCGACCAAAGUGCAUGUCGAUAUCGUCUGCAAGGGGAACGAUAUCCCCACUCAGGAUAAGCGAGGGGACGCCGCCUCGGCUGUCGGGCUUAAUUUCAAUCAGAGCUCGCCAAACUGUGAGGCUCCCGUGGUUUGA